AGAGUAAUUAUAGGAAUAUAACAGCAGCUCGGCUCACUCAUUACUGUAUCUGCUGCUGAACAAUGAAGAGACCCCUGCUCUGGGCUUUAUCUCUCUGCAUUCUGUGCUUUGUCAUUGGGUUCAUCUACAGAUUUACACAAAUAGAAUCUUUUAGCAGACACUACCCCCAUAAGAUCCAUGAAGAUACACAGUCAGGGUCUUCUCCAUCUCCACCUCCAUCCCCUGAAGAUAAAGAGGUGCAGAACUUGCUGAGAAUGACAGCAUGGAACAUUGCUCCACUCCCUGGUGCCUUCCAGCUUUCCACAAGUCAUAGGACUUCUUCCUACAUGUUACUGCACCCCCGUUCCACCUAUACCAUGGGAGAAACCAUUGAAGUUCUAAUCACAGCCAAGGACCACAAAGGUCACCCAAAGACACAUGGGGGGGAUUUAUUCAAUGCAAAACUUUACUCUGCCAGUAUGAAAGCCGGAGUCAGUGGAUCUGUCCAAGACUAUAACAAUGGGACCUACACAGCAACGUUUCUUCUCGUCUGGCCAGGAGAGACGAAGAUCUCAGUUAGACUUAUCCAUUCAAGUGAGGCCAUCGCUAUUUUACAUGAGAAGAGAGUCUCACGUCCGGACAAGGUAUACUUCAAUGGCUACUUUGAAUUGAAUGGGAUCAAGGAAGUGGUGGAGUGUAAUAUCGACCUCCCUGGACGUGAUGUUUGUGAAUAUUACGAUGCAGGCAGUGGUGAGAAGUGGGUGUGUGUCCGGCCGAAGAGCCUCCCUUGUAACUCGUACCGUGAACACUCUUCUGGGGAAGUCCGUGACAUCUACAAUGACAUGGAGAAGCCAUUCGUCUCAAUGUCUGUAACUGACCAGGAAAUUCGGACUACUGUGAAAGCCCUGAAUGUAAUGCCAAAGAAUAGCAGUAGGAAUGGUACAAGGACGAAGUGCAGAUCAGGGUUACCCAUUCCAAAUCCUUCCGGGUUUUAUUAUCAAGAUUUAUGGGAGUCUCUUGUCUGUUCCAAUCAGCAUUUCCCUGAUGCUUCCAGUGUAGCCAAUUGUCUGGCUGGGAAAAACGUCUACAUGUUUGGAGAUUCCACCCUGCGCCAAUGGUGGACCUAUCUAGUUGACUUUGUACCGACACUCAAGGAGAUAGACCUCCAUGUGGCACAUCAUCCAGGCCCUCGUCUGGCAGUGGACACAGAACAUAAUUACUUGGUCCAGUGGAGAGCACAUCAGAAGCCACUGCGCAUGGAGAAGACUUGGAUAAGGGAACUUCACUCCAUUGCGUCGGAACUGGACAGCCUUGGGGGACGCAAAGGGUUGGUGAUUGUUAUCAAUUGGUGGGCUCAUUUCCUCACCUUCCCCAUAGAAAUAUACGUACGACGACUUCGUGGAAUCAGAGAUGCAGUAAAAAGGUUAUUGGAGCUCAACUCUGAAAUCAAGAUCCUGAUUAAAUCAGCCAACACCGGGUAUCGCUUCGCCCAUUCAAGCGACUGGCUGUCUCUUCAGCUUGACACAGUGAUGAGAGCCAUGUUCUCAGACUUGUCAGUCACCAUACUGGAUGUUUGGCAGAUGACUUCCUGCCACCGAGAGCCAGAAAAUCUCCAUCCAUCAAGAACCAUCGUCAGGAAUGAAGUUGACUUAAUGCUCUCAUUCAUCUGCCCUUCCUGACACUAUUACUGUCAACUUUUUUUACAGAGCUCCUCAUUAGGUGCAUUGACCGGCUGCUAUUUUUACAGCACUUGGACUAAACUACGUUCUGGAGUUGACCAACUGGUACAAACAAUAAAUACCAGAAAAAGUGAGUCCCUAAGGAGGCCAAAGUAUGUAAGCUUGUCAAAGCCCCUCAGUAAAUCCUACACUGCCUACUCAUUAGUAGUUGGGACUUAAAAACAUCCUUGCUGGUCUUACCAGAGCUUCUGAGCAAGGGUAAGUCAACGUUGUCCCACCACUCAGUCUCAUUUUGUGAUUCACUGCAACAUUUGAUUUAUUUUAAUCUUCAAAACGAAUGCUACCUCAUUUUUUUUUCCUGUGGAAAAAUUGACAUUACUGCCUUUUUAAAGGACAAAUUAACCCAGAAUAUAAUUUUUGCCUAAUAAAAAAAAACAUUCAUGCACUAAUCAAUUAAAGAGUAUUUCAUCAAUUCAAAAUUCCUUCCCACCCAGAACAGGCCUCUAACGUUGAUAUAUUUCUGCUAGGAAUGCACCAAACCCAGUUUUUUUGGGUUCGAAUGAACCCCUGAACCCACCAUGAUGGAUU